UUUCCGAGGAGCUCUUGAAGGCGCCAGCGGCUGAAGCUCAGGUGCAAACAGAACCUGAACCGACCUGAACAUGAACGACAGGAAAAGUCCGCUGACACUGAAAAUAAUCCUGAUCGGAAGCUCCGGGGUGGGGAAAUCCUCCUUCAUGAACAGGUACGUGAAUCACCGCUUCACCAAAAUGUACCGGGCCACGGUGGGGACGGACUUCCUCUCCAAAACGAUCAACGUAGACGGGGACGCGGUCACCCUUCAGAUCUGGGACACGGCAGGGACGGAGAGGUUCCAGUCUCUGGGCACUCCUCUGUACAGGGCAGCCCACUGCUGCAUGCUGGUGUUCGACGUCACAUCCGCGGCCAGUUUCUCCGCUCUGGAGCAGUGGAGGAUGGAGUUCCUGGUCCAGGGCGAGCCUCAGGACCCUCAACACUUCCCCUUCAUUGUGCUGGGCAACAAGACUGACCUCAGCACCCGCGAGGUCAGCCGGUGUCGGCCAGCAGGGCCCUGCAGUGGUGCGUGGAGGUGGGCGCCGAGUACUUCGAAGGGAGCGCGAGAGACGGCGUGGACGUGGAGAGGCCGUUCCUGGCAGCCGCUCGCAGCGCCGUGCAACAGUACAAAAAACACACAUUGGAAAAUACAGGACAUUUCCAGAUAACCUGCAAACAGCCGAGAGAAACUCGCAACACCUGCGAGUGCUGAGAGCAGCACUCGUCCCAGUCGGGGAGGGAAAGUUCAGAGAGACCUCGGCACUGCUGAUGAUGACCUAUCUAACGAGGGUGCAAAAAUAGUGACCCGGCAAAGGUACUGUGGAAGGAAAGGACACAAUUGUAUACCACGUAGAGAGAGAGAGAGAGAGGAACAAACUCAGUAAAGUUUUUUUUUUUUUCUUGUUUUCGAGAACCUUCAGCUUAUGGUCUAACUUAAGGCAUCACUACUAAAUUACACUGUGUUUUGCAUGCAUGUCUAGUUUUUGUUCAACAGACACACUGACACACACACACACAAAAAUGAUGAAUGCAUAUGAAGAGUUUGAAAUCGGGAGGAACCCACAAAACAUGGAAAAAAAACAAACAAACAAAAAAAACACUCCCCCCCCACCCC